CGGUCCCACAGCGCCAGGUCGCCCCCAGCCCCCUCCCUCCUCCCAACCUCUCUCGGUCCCACCCUCCCUAGCUUUGUGCCCGGGGCGCCGAGCCGCUUCCCCCAUCAGCCGCGCUGCGGGAGGAGGGAGCCGCCACCUAGAAGCUGCCGCUCUCAGCCCCGGGCAGGGGCACAGUUGCAACCAAGGCAAUGUCUUACUACCUCAACUCAGAAAACCACCUGGACCCAGGACCUAUCUAUGUACGAGAAAACGGUCAGCUACACAUGGUCAAUCUGGCCUUGGAUGGUGUCAAGAGUAGCCUGCAGAAGCCAAGGCCUUUCAGACUGUUUCCCAAAGGCUUCUCUGUGGAGCUUUGCAUGAACAGGGAAGAUGAUACUGCACAGAAAGAGAAGACUGAUCAUUUCAUCUUUACAUAUACCCGGGAGGGGAAUCUUCGGUACUCUGCCAAAUCUCUCUUCAGCCUCGUCCUGGGCUUUAUCUCCGACAAUGUUGAUCAUAUUGAUUCCCUUAUUGGCUUUCCUGAGCAGAUUGCUGAAAAGCUGUUCUCUGCUGCAGAAGCCAGACAGAAAUUCACAGAGCCAGGUGCAGGGCUGAGGGCUUUACAGAAAUUCACUGAGGCCUAUGGAAGUCUGGUGCUUUGCUCCCUGUGUUUGCGAAACAGAUACCUGGUGAUUUCAGAAAAACUUGAGGAGAUUAAGUCUUUCCGGGAGCUGACCUGCCUGGAUCUUUCCUGUUGCAAGCUUGGAGAUGAGCAUGAACUUCUAGAACAUCUCACCAAUGAGGCCCUGUCUAGUGUAACUCAACUCCACCUGAAGGAUAAUUGUUUAUCUGAUGCCGGGGUGCGGAAAAUGACAGCACCAGUUCGAGUGAUGAAAAGAGGCCUUGAAAAUCUAACAUUAUUAGACUUAUCUUGUAAUCCUGAGAUCACAGAUGCGGGCAUUGGAUACCUCUUCUCUUUUAGAAAACUAAACUGUUUAGAUAUUUCUGGGACAGGGCUCAAGGACAUCAAAGCCAUCAAACACAAGCUCCAGACUCACAUAGGCCUUGUCCACUCCAAAGUGCCUUUGAAGGAAUUUGAUCACAGUAACUGCAAGACAGAGGGCUGGGCUGACCAGAUUGUUCUGCAAUGGGAGCGUGUGACUUCAGAAGCUGUGAAGCCACGAGAAACCGGGGAGCCUCGAACAGCAGCUCAACACUUCUAUGGCAAGCGGGCUCGAACAGAAGCCCCUGUGAAGUGUGCCCUGGCAGAUACCCACAUGAACUCUUCUGAGAAACUCCAGUUCUAUAAAGAGAAAGCCCCAGACUGCCAUGGGCCACUAUUGAAGCGCGAAGCUGUCUCAAGCCAGGAGUCAAAGAAGAGCAAGAAGAGAGCUUUUGAAGAGCCAGAGAAGGAACAGAGCAACUCUUCACAGUCUUCAAAGCAGAAAUACGUGUGUCUUGCUGUGGAAGACUGGGACUUGUUAAAUUCCUACUGAUUGGUAGAUAGGAGUUGACCUCUUUCCCCCUACACUUACGUAUGAGGAAAGGGGGCUGAUGGUGUUUUCCCUUUUGUUUGACUUUACGUAUGGCAUUAGCAUAGCAAGUGGAUAUUUCUACUUUUGUGGUGGGGGAGGGGAAUGCUAUGGAAGUAUGUAAUAAUUUCUAAUGUAUAUUUUCAAUACAUAGUAAUUUUUUCAAAUAAACGUUUUUGCUGUCCUUAA